AUGGGCAACACGCCCUCCCACCAGCAGAACACCGCCCAGAGGCAGGGGCCACCCAGCAAUGCCCCCCACCGCCACCCCUCCCUGCGCCUUCACAUGCCCCAGCACCACAUCUCCCCCUCCCACUCAGGCAACACCUCCCCCUCAGGCCGCCCCGGCUCCCCCCGCAGACGGAAAUCCCUCGAGCUCCCAGACCUCAACAAGCUCCAGUUCACACCCGCCGCCUUCUCGCCCGCCGCCCCCGUGCCUACUACCCACACCCAUACCUCCCAUCAUCUCGCACCGUCGACGACUGCAGUCCGCAAAGAGAGCCCACCCAUCACCCCGACCGCCAACGUCAACAAUCGGCGCUGGCGCGAUACCCUCGGAGGCAAGGCGAGCCCGCUGGCGGGCCAGAAUACACUCGCCGCGAUGAGUAAGCUCGAACCGCCCAUUUCGGGGUCUUCAUCGGGCCAGACGUCGAAAGGGGGCGCCUCGGACGUGAAUCCGUACUUUCCCGAUCCUUAUGGUGUGCAGGAUCCUACGGCAGGGACGCAUCCGUCGAAAGCGGUCCCGAUUCCUAUUCCUGGGAAAGAACCACCGCGUGCUGAGCCUCAAGAGGUUCCUCUCCCGCGGCCGCAGGUCGCAGAGCAUGAUUCUGGACCACCGGUGCAGCAAGGGUUUACGGAAGGGCCGGUGGAGGAGAAGGGAGAUGGUCUGGUGGAUGUGCCGAUUCAGUGGAAUGGAGGCGGGAGGAAUGUUUAUGUUGCGGGCACUUGGGAAGGAGGAUGGGCCAACCGGAUCAAGCUGCGUAAAAGUACGCACGAUUUCAACACUACCCUUCGGCUUCCUCCGGGCCAGUACCGCGUAAAAUUCAUCGUCGACGAAUCAUGGCGCUGCUCAAAACAGAUCUCCACUGCCACAGACGACGACGGCACACUGGUCAAUUGGAUCGAGGUCGAGGCGCCCAAGACGGCCGAGGAGCUCAAGGCUGAGUGGGCCAUGGACUCGAAACCAGCAGUCAAGGAGGAGCAAACCGACGAGUCUGAAUGGACUGGCGAAAUUCCUCCAUCCCUCAUCAUGUACCAGUACAUUGAAGAGCUGCCGCUCCGUAUGGAACAAGACGAGCUUCACAACUUUCUCAAAUCCGUCCCCUACAUUCCCAACGUCCCCGCCCCUCCCACGCUCCCCCGUAUCCUCGACAAGGUCAUCGUCAACAACGACUCCAAGAGGUUAUGGGACAAUCAUGACCCCAAGGCGGCGGCGCAGACGGGAUGGCAGAGUAAUCCACCAGCCGGACUGGACGACAAUUCGAUUCUGGCGGUGCCGAAUCAUGUGGUUUUGAAUCACUUGACGGCGAGUGCGAUUAGAAACGGGACGCUGGGUGUUGGUACGACAACGAGGUAUCGAAAGAAGUACAUCACUACGAUGUUCUUCCGAGAUCAACCAUCCUCUGCUGAACAACAGCAAGCUGCCGAACAACCACAUUUAGAACCCGUGCCCCAACCGGGUUCAUAG